AUGGCGUUUUACCGCGAGAUCAGCAUCGAGUUCACGAAGCUGAAGCGGCGGGCGGACAAGAUCCGGGACCAGAAGAAGAGCACCAUGGGCAGGAAGCUGGGCGACCUCAUGACGGAGGCGAACCAAGUGAACCUCCAGAUGAAGAGGAUAAAGGCAGAGAUGGAGGAGAUGGAGUCUGGCAAGUACGGCAAGCUGGACACCGCGGGGAAAUCCGGCCGCCCAGACGGCGUCGCGGCUCUCGAUCGGAAGCCCAGGCCGCCCAAGAGGGCCGCGGCCGCGUCGGCGGAGGACGUGCCCGCCGAGGGGGACGCGGCCGGCGGGGAGGAGGACGGCGCCGUGGACCUCUUCGGGGAGGAGGCCGACAAGUUGGUGGUGCUCGAGGAGCUCGACGAGAGCGACCCCACCGGGAAGGUCUGCCGGGACUACGCCAUCGGCAGGUCCUGGACGGGCAAGAAGCCCAAGGAGAUCCUGGACGAGUUCGUGAGGAAGAGCCUGCGGCUCGGGCAGAAGGCCAUCAAGUACGACCGCCUGCCGCGGGUCGGGGCCCGCGGGGAGAGGGCGCGGUGCACGGUGCUGGUGAAGGAGCCGGUGCGCGCCGAGCCAGUGGAGGGCUGCGCCUCGGCAGAGGAGGCGGGGCAGCUGUCGGCCACCCUGGCGCUCUUCGAGCUGUGCGCCGUGCGCAACCUGUCCACGCGCACG